AGACCACAAAACUUGCCCCGUCCAAAACAGCGUUGAACAGAGAGUAAUAAAAUUUUGAUGGCAUUUUCUGGGAAUCUUGGAACCGAUCCUUCUCUCUUUGAUCUAGAAGAAAUUAUCGAUAACAAUGGAGGAUCCGACGACGACUAUGAUUCUGAUGAUUUAGAAUGUGAUCCAAGUUACAGCAUUCAGAAAAGAACCAAUUCGAAGACUUCAAGGACCUCGAUCAGGAAGAAAUUAAAGCCAUUGGAUAUUGUGGAUACGAACCUGAUUGAGGAUUCAGAUAUAGAUGAUGUAGUGCCAAAUAUUCCGAUUAUAAAUGAAAAAGAUGAGAAAGAUACUCGUGAAGUGCUAUCAAUCAUUAAAGCUGGUGGUAAGCUUGAGAAACUCAAGGUAGAACAAUGUAAAUCUUAUCUAAGAAAUAAUGGGUUGAGGCUGAGCGGAACAAAAGAUGUGCUCAUUCAGCGCAUCAAGGAGCAUUUAGAGAUUUUAAAUGGUGGAGGGGAGAAGAAAUACCCGGAGUAUAGCUUUAUAGUGAAUUGUAAAGGUGAUGCCUGCAUGGGUGAUAUUGUUAUGUUUGAACAAAAAGUAUAUGAGAUGUACAACAUCGCAUCUAGGAGCUCCACAGGUCCUUCAUGUGGAACAAGAACGGUUGCUGGUCGCAUUGUUAAAGAAAGCUAUGGUUCUUCCAAACAGCAACAUACAUUUACGAUUGAAGUAUUGUGGAGUAAGGGUGAGAAACCCCUUCCUCCACUUCAUCCCCUUUUAAUCAAAGGUCGAAACCUUUACCGGAUGAAGACUAUGAGACAGCCUUGGGAAGAUGAAGAUGAAAGGCAGAAAGUUCUAAUGGAAAAACAUGCCAGGGGAUCACUUGCAAGAUCAAAUAGGGAAGCACGUGUAAUAGAGAAAGAAAAAAGAAAAACACACAAGGAAAACAGGGAACCAAGGAAAGAAGGAUUUAGAAACAAUCCUUCUCAGUCAAAUCUAUCUUCAGCAGGAACGAUCUUAGCCAAUUCCAUGGCGAAGUUAUCGGUUGAGAGAAAUGUAGUUCAUCAACAUCAGGAAAGACCUUCGUUUGGUAAUUUAAGAAAAGCAACUGAUCAAACAAAAUCACAUUUGUUCAUUGAUGAUCAUAAUAAUAGACUGCCAUUUCAACAUCAACACAUGGUGGAUAAUACAAUAAAAAACAAUUACUAUAGCCAACCUCAAACGAAAGCCAAUCCUCCAGCAAUCUUCAAUAUACAUCCUAGCAUUUACAGGAAUAAUCAUGCUGCUGCUUCUGUUAACAAGGUUCUUGAUAAUACAAACCACAUAUCAUGGGAUUAUGAUCAUCAUUCUAGACUACCAAUGGAUCGAAUGAAUCUUUAUCCUAAAGUGAAUCACAGUGCACAAGAAGGCUACAAGCAACAACAGUGCCGUUAUUAUGCUGUAGGGAAAUGUUACUAUAGAGAGAACUGUAAAUUCUCACAUGACAUGACCGAAGAUUUUGUACAAAGAGAGAGAGAAAGAUUGGGUCAUCGUUAUCAUAUGCAUCAAAAUGCUCGUCAUUGUCGGUAACUAUAUGUAUAACCUUUUGGGGAGUAAGGAUUAUCCUCAUAGAAUUGUCUUUUGUAUUUGAAUAGUAGCGUGUUGUGUGCUACUUAGAUAUGUUUUACAUUUUUGAAUGAGUAAAUCUUCCCAUUUUCUUGAUUUUAAUCGGGUAGCUCAUUUUGAAUGAGUAAAUGAUUUUAAAGCAGUGUCUGAGUUACACACCAAUAAAAAUGUUGUUCUAGAUUACUUGUUGUAAGGUGUAA